UCAAAUAGCAUAGAAAGAUAGAGCUUUUUUUUCUCUAUCAGACUAUACAGAAAGAAAAUUAUUUAAAUCAAUUACACGGUAUUAAAAUGUCACUGCCCGUACUUUUGGUAUGCCCUAAGUAUUAUAUUUUACAUGUAUCUUAUUUGAUCAAUUUUCUUUAAUUUGUUUUUUUUUCAGAUCAACAAGUGAAAAGAUAUCAUAUCAUUUUAUACAUGCAAAAUCAUCAGUUUUAUUUGAAAAUACAUCAAUUCUUGGAAUCUUUAUCAAAGUUGUUGUUCAUUUUUUAUUAUUAUCAAUUAUUCAACAUAAAUGUACGAUGUUUAAUACCAAUUUACCAAUAGUACAAUGUAGUAGUAUGUCAAACUUGAUUCAUCUUUUAGCACCAUAUGUAAAUACACUACGAAAAUAUUGUACUAAAUGUAAGAUAUCAAUUCCGUAUGUUUCAAUCGCUGAUAUUGCAUACUUGCUCGUAAAAAAUAAAAGCAAUGAAUGUACCAUAUCGAUUGAUACAAAUGUUUAUUCAAAACACCAACAGUUUCGUUUAUUCAAUAGUGUAAAAUAUGGAAAAAAUAAUCCUCUUGUUCCAUCAACUAUAUUUCCUUUUGAUCGUCAAUUACAAUAUUCAUCGUCUGAUCUUCUUAAAAAAUCUUUAAUCACAUUCAUCGAAGACGACCACAUAUCAAAAAUUUAUUUUAAGAACAAGAAAUUUAUGAUUGAUUUAUCUUCCAUUUCUAAUCAAAUACCUAUAUUAUCAUGUAAUUUUAUAGAUAUUAAAUUAAUAAAUCAAUAUAUAGAUCCUUCGUUUUUUCGUAAUCCAUCCACAAAUAUUAAUACAGAUCGAAAUUUGGCACAUUCAAUACAUGUUAAUACAAUUACUGAUCUGAAUUUAUCUGUAACAAAUAUACAAGUAUUAGUUAAUUUUAUACAACAUAUAAUUACAUCUGAAUCAUCUCAUCAAGGUUAUAUAUGUUCAUGUGUUCGUGGUACUUAUAAUAAGAAUAUAUUAUUUUUUUUUUUUUAUAUAGCUGGUAAUUACAGAUAUUGUCCAAAAAAAGAAAGGUCAUCAUCAACGUAA